AACCCUUGACGCGGCAGCUUCAAGCAAAGCUAAAUUUUUCCACCCUCCCCUUUUACCACUUGGAGAUGUGCUCUGCGUGCAAGAGUUUGAUAAAUAUAUAAGAAUGAUGUAUAUUUUUAUUCACACACCACAAUAUUAUACUUUAUUCGUACAUUUGGAUUUGUGUGCAAGAGAGAGAAAAGACAAAGGAAAGGGUAUUGAGACUGAGGAAGGUGAGGGGCAGUUCGGAUUGAGAAUAAGUGUGAAAGGCACGAGACGAUGCGGGAGAUACCAACAACAAUAAAUGAGGUGAUGAGCCUUAUGAUAACACUCAUCAUCGUCACGUCGUUUUUCCUGCACGUAUUCCUAUAACCCCCAGAAUUCCACGCUCGCUCUUCUCUUCUUUCUCCCUCCAUUUCCCUCCUUUAUUUUCUGAUUUUUUAUCCUCUCUCUCUCUCGUUCAAUAUUUGGGACUGUCUCCCCUAUGCGCCCAGCUGCAGUCAACCUCGUAUCUUCUUUCUCUCUCUCUUCAAACUAUUUUGAUUUUUCAUCAAGAAUUCGCCUUGCUUAAGGCAUUACAAGAUGUGGAUGAUGGGAUAUAAUGACAGGGGAGAGUUUCAUAGUAUUCAAAGUUCGUUUAAUGGUCGAAAACUUCGGCCCAUUGUUCCAAGACCAGCCUCUACUGCUGCUACAAACCUCAUUAAUCAUGAAUCUGAUCUUCUUGUUUUAAAUCAUCACCAUCUGGCAAUGACAGAGCAAAACAAGAGGGAUUUUAACACACAGCAGAUCAUGGUGAGCUCGCGCUGGAAUCCCACACCGGAACAACUUCAAACCCUCGAAGAACUGUACCGAAGGGGAACCAGAACUCCUUCAGCAGAACAAAUUCAGCUCAUAACUUCACAGCUUCGUCGAUAUGGAAAGAUUGAAGGGAAGAAUGUCUUUUACUGGUUUCAGAAUCAUAAGGCUAGAGAAAGGCAAAAACGCAGGCGUCAGCACGAAUCCACAUCCCACGAUCAGCCAGAUAAUAACGGUGAAUGGAAAGAAUCAGAAGCAAGUAGGACAUUAUUUGAAGCUGAACAGCCAAAAAACUGGGCAUCUCCUACAAACUCUAGUACAAUUGCAGAGGCAGAAAAAGCAGCAGAUGCAGAAUAUAAAGCAGAUGGAUGGUUACAGUUUGAGGAGACAGAAUUACAGCAAAGGAGAAACCUCGUAGAAAGGAAAAACAGGUUGCAAAUGACGCAUUUGUCUGGUUCAUCCUCUCACACUAAGCUAAUAAACUCUACUCAUACAGCAAUUGAUCCAAAUCGUAUGAAGUUUCAAGAUUUUAACAUCUCAAACCACGAGAUCCCGUGGUGUAAUUCUGUCCUGCACGAGCUCCAACCCGGGCCCUAUAAUUCACAAUGUUUAGACGACUGUAGGGAAUCCGAAACCCUCCAAUUGUUUCCACCUCGAAGCUGCCAUGAAAAUGAAAGUGCUUUUGACAAGGAUGUAGAGGUUUCAGCUGCAGCCACAAGUUCUGAUUUCGGUGGUCAAUACCAAUUUUUUGAGUUCCUUCCUUUGAAGAAUUAAAAGGGGUGCUUUGAAGAAUUUGUUGUUUUUGAUAUAAUAUUUGACAGAAGGUAGUAUGGAAAAAUGUAGCCUUAAAUUGCAUUUGGACCAUACUGGGUAAAUAUAGGACGAUGUAUUGCCUGCAGGGUCUAUGUUGGCAGGAGUGGACGACAAAAUGUGUCAUCGUCGUCCACGUUAUGUAACAUGUUAGAGAGAGAGAGAGAGUUUUAGUCUAUCAAUGAAGAGUUCUACAAGUAGAGAAAGACAUUAUAAUCUACUUCUAGUAUUAUAUAAGAAAUAGUUAAAAAGAAAUUAAUG